GGUAAAGUGAACAUACUCAACUUUGCCACUCCGCGCUUGGUCAUAUGCGCUAUCAGGACGCUAGCAGAGACCAACUUUUACGCAAAUUAUGGGAAUGUAUUUUUACAUUUCGUUCAAACAGGUUCUCUGUUUUAUCUCCAUCCUCUAUGGUUCCAAUACCUGCUUGGGCUAUGUCCAUAACCGAUUCAAACGCUCAGGGGAAGAAGCUGCGUCGCAUUCAGAGACUCGUUCCGACUUCCCCUGGGUAAGCACAUCAGGGUCCUGUAAGAACAGAUGCUUUGAGCUGGACGAGGCAGAGCCCCCUUACUGUCGCUGUGACAACCUGUGUAAGACCUACAACAGCUGCUGCUAUGACUUUGAUGAGCUGUGUCUGAGAACAGAGGGAGGUUUUCAGUGUAGUAAGGAGCGCUGUGGAGAGGCUCGUAAAGAUCAGCAUGCCUGCCACUGCUCUGAAGACUGCCUGGCCAAGGGAGACUGCUGCACCAACUACCGGACCAUCUGCAAAGGGGACACAUCAUGGUUGCAGGAUGAGUGUGAAGAGAUCAAGACCCAUGACUGUCCAGCUGGGUUUGUGCGGCCCCCUCUCAUCCUGCUGUCUGUCGAUGGGUUCAGAGCCUCGUACAUGAAGAGAGGAAGUACAGUGAUCCCCAACAUCGAGAAGCUCAGAACAUGCGGUACCCAUGCCCCUUACAUGAGACCAAUGUACCCCUCCAAAACGUUCCCCAACCUCUACUCUCUUGCAACUGGUCUUUAUCCAGAGUCUCACGGUAUAGUUGGCAAUUCCAUGCAUGACCCUGUGUUUGAUGCCAACUUCUACCUACGAGGUCGUGAGAAGCUGAAUCAUCGCUGGUGGGGUGGCCAGCCUAUCUGGAUCACAGCCAUGAAACAAAACGUGAAAGCUGGGACCUUCUUCUGGCCAGUUGUGAUCCCUUCAGAGAGGAGAGUGCUCACUAUGCUGCAGUGGCUCCACCUUCCAGAUGGAGAGAGGCCUUAUGUGUACGCCAUGCACUCCGAACAGACAGACACAGUUGGACACAAGCUGGGGCCCAUGAGCCCCGAGCUAAACAACCCCCUGAAGGAGAUUGAUAAGAUUGUGGGUCAGCUGAUGAACGGACUGAAGCAGAUGAAGCUCCACCGCUGUGUUAAUAUCAUCUUGGUGGGAGACCACGGGAUGGAGGAGGCUCACUGUGACAGAACAGAGUUCCUUAGUUCCUACAUGUCCAACGUUGAUGACAUCAUCCUGAUCCCUGGUUCCUUGGGCAGAAUCCGCUCCAGAUACCCUAACAACCCCAAAUAUGAUUCAAAAUCUGUUGUUGCAAAUCUUACAUGUAAGAAGCCAGACCAACACUUCAAGCCAUACCUGAAGCAACACCUCCCCAAACGGCUGCACUAUGCCAACAACCGGCGGAUAGAGGACAUCCAUUUGCUGGUGGACAGGAAGUGGCAUGUCGCGAGGAAAUCCCCUGAGGCAAAAAGGCACCCUGGGAAAUGUGUUUUUUCAGGGGAUCAUGGAUAUGACAACAAGAUAAACAGCAUGCAGACCAUUUUCUUAGGAUAUGGACCAACAUUCAAAUUCAAGACCAAAGUUCCAGCUUUUGAAAACAUUGAACUGUACAAUGUCAUGUGUGAUCUCCUGGGGUUAAAGCCAGCCCCUAACAAUGGGACCUACGGCAGUCUGAACCACCUCUUAAGAAACCCGUCUCACAAACCUAUCAUGCCAGAGGAGGUCUCCAAGCCCACCCCCUCCAUCCUUGUCACCACUGGAGGUGAUGACCUAGGCUGCAGCUGUGAUGACAAGUUGCGUUCAAAAAAUAGGGGGCAGAGAGCUUUGAAAGUGACCCUUGUAAGAAGCUAUAACCUGGAGUCACUGUGGCUCUGUCUGUUACAGAACAAAGUGGAGGAGCUCAGUCAACGUCUGAGGCAAGCUAUUGAUGACAGCAAAAACCUGCCGUAUGGCCGGCCAGCGGUUCUGUUUCGUACUAAAUACAGCAUCCUACACCACAGUGAUUAUAUCAGUGGCUACAGUGAGCCUCUGUCCAUGCCCCUCUGGACCUCCUACACGGUUCCCAAAAUGGUAGAGGUGACUCCUCUCCCAGAGGCUCUGACCAACUGCGUCAGACCAGAUGGGCGUAUUCCUCCAGCCUACAGCCAGUCUUGCUCCAGAUACAGAGCUGACAAACAGAUCUCCUAUGGAUUCCUCUACCCGCCACAAUUGUCCAGUACGCAAGAUGGAAAAUACGAUGGUGUUCUUAUCACAAACACAGUACCCAUGUACCCAGCUUUUAAGAGGAUAUGGGGCUACUUCCAGAAGACUCUGGUGAAGAAAUACGCCAGUGAGAGGAAUGGAGUCAACGUGGUCAUAGGGCCAAUCUUUGAUUACGACUAUGAUGGCCUGAGAGACUCUGCAGAAAAGAUGAAACAGUAUAUAAGUGGCUCAGUUCCCAUCCCGACCCAUUACUUUGCCGUGGUGACCAGCUGUCUGGACUACUCCCAGGCUGUGGACUCCUGCUCGGGGCCUUUCAGUGGCUUCGCUUUCAUCCUGCCUCACCGGCCCAACAACGACGAGAGCUGCAACAGUUCUGAGGAUGAGAGUCGGUGGGUGGAGGACCUGAUGAAGAUGCAUACGGCUCGGGUCCGAGACGUAGAGAUUUUGACGGGGCUGGACUUCUACCGCAGGACCAGCCGCAGCUACCCGGAGAUUCUCUCCCUGAAAACCUACAUGCACACGUACGAAAGUGAGAUCUGAUCUGGAAAACCACUGCUACAGCCUCCCCAUCCCUGAACCCCAACCUGCCAGCCCCCUGACCCCCUGUAACCUCUCACUGCGGCCUCCAAGCACCCCCCCCCCCAUUCUCCUACCUCUUCCUCCCCCCAUCCCCACACACUCUCUCGUUGACCCAAAGUGUGUCGAUAUAAGCUGUGUAUGGAUUGGAAGCGCCUCGCUUCCAUUUUAUGCAAAUAACCUCCUGCACCUUAGCUGUGCCUUGUAAGGUGUUCAAACCUCUACAAUUUUCACGCCAUCACUCACACCCAGUGUGUUCGCUCGUAGACAAAAGAGCUUGUUCUCAUUGGUUUGCUAUUAACUUGAAGGAUAAAGUCUGUUAGCUGUCUUGACCACCGCCACUCCCCUUCCCUGUAAGGGAUAGGGCUAUUGAAGGGUUAUGAGGAUAAACACGUAUUUCAUAUGUAUUAUCUUUCCUUAAAGGCAUAAUUUCUAAUUCCUACAUAGCACAUUCUCCUUUGAGUAUGUUUAACAAGCAUGAAUUGUAAUAUUUUUGUUAUGAUGAUUUUGUUUGAAAUGAUUGUUUGUGUGUUUCUGUGUGUGUUUGGAAUUUGGAAUGUGUUAGCCUAUGUUUUAUAUGAAUGAAUGUUGGUUCUGAGCAUUGAGAAAAUAUAUUUUAAUUCUGUUCUGUGUACCAUGUUUGUAUGAUUCUAUAAUGUUCUUAAACAUGUACCUGUGGGAUCAACUUAUUCAUGCCUUAUAGAAACCUGGUAUUUCAAUACAAUAAACUGUU